AUGGGCGAGGCGAUGGGAGAGAUGGGCGAGGCGAUGGGAGAGAUGGGCGAGGCGAUGGGAGAGAUGGGCGAGGCGAUGGGAGAGAUGGGCGAGGCGAUGGGAGAGAUGGGCGAGGCGAUGGGAGAGAUGGGCGAGGCGAUGGGAGAGAUGGGCGAGGCGAUGGGAGAGAUGGGCGAGGCGAUGGGAGAGAUGGGCGAGGCGAUGGGAGAGAUGGGCGAGGCGAUGGGAGAGAUGGGCGAGGCGAUGGGAGAGAUGGGCGAGGCGAUGGGAGAGAUGGGCGAGGCGAUGGGAGAGAUGGGCGAGGCGAUGGGAGAGAUGGGCGAGGCGAUGGGAGAGAUGGGCGAGGCGAUGGGAGAGAUGGGCGAGGCGAUGGGAGAGAUGGGCGAGGCGAUGGGAGAGAUGGGCGAGGCGAUGGGAGAGAUGGGCGAGGCGAUGGGAGAGAUGGGCGAGGCGAUGGGAGAGAUGGGCGAGGCGAUGGGAGAGAUGGGCGAGGCGAUGGGAGAGAUGGGCGAGGCGAUGGGAGAGAUGGGCGAGGCGAUGGGAGAGAUGGGCGAGGCGAUGGGAGAGAUGGGCGAGGCGAUGGGAGAGAUGGGCGAGGCGAUGGGAGAGGAGGCGAGGCGAUGGGAGAGAUGGGCGAGGCGAUGGGAGAGGAGGGCAAGGCGAUGGGCGAGGGGGGCGAUAUGA